UUGACCAAUCUACUAGUAUUUAUUUUCUCUGUGAUUGAAUUCCCCAACCAGGGUUAGAUUCCAAGUUACUGUAAUGCCACGACACCACACCACACGUGUGGAGGGAACAAGAAACGAGUCAGGGGGCAUGGCAGGGAGUGAAGGGUUGGUCCCUCUCUCUGUUCCUGUUUCAUAUGUUCCUCUGCCCUGUUUCAUCUCAUAUAAGAGAAACCAAACCCACACCCUUAUCAAAACAGAAUUUACAGACCCUUCAGAUUUAGCAUUAUUCUCUUCUUAUAUUCUCAUCAUCAUCAGUUUAAUUAUUACUAUUAUUUUUUCGUACUAUACUACUAUAUACUACUAUCCCCCACUCUUCUUCUUCUUCUUCUUCCUCCUGUCCCUUAACCCAAACAAAAACAAAACAAAAAAUGCGUGGCGUUUUACAACCGUUGGAUUUAGGUAUUCAAAUUCCCUACCAUUUCAGAUGCCCAAUCUCUCUUGAGCUUAUGCGAGACCCUGUUACCGUCUCCACCGGUCAAACCUACGACCGUAACAGCAUCGAGUCGUGGGUUAACACCGGUAACACAACGUGUCCGGUCACGCGAGCCAAUCUUACAGAUUUUACCUUCAUACCAAAUCACACGCUCCGCCGCUUAAUCCAAGAGUGGUGCGUCGCUAACCGCGCGUUUGGCGUUCAAAGGAUUCCAACUCCCAAACAACCUGCAGACCCUUCUCUUGUUCGUUCUUUGCUUAAUCAAAUUUCUUCCCAUUCUGCCCCUGUUCAAAUUAAACUUAACUCGCUUCGUCGACUCAGAUCAUUAACUCGUGACUCGGAUUAUAACCGCUCUCUCAUUGCUUCUCUCAACGUUCGUCAUAUUGUGUUACCUAUUCUUUUCGAUUACAACGGUGGUUUAGACGACUUGAAAUAUGAGUCACUCGCUUUGCUUGUUCUUUUUCCACUCAGUGAGUCAGAUUGCACUUCACUCGCUUCCGAUUCAGAUAAGAUUAACUACCUCACAAGUCUUCUUUCACACUCUUUGUUUGAUGUCCGAGUUAACUCAGCCGCGUUGAUUGAAAUCGUUGUCUCUGGGACUCACUUACCGGAGAUCCGUGCUCAGGUGAGUAAUGUUGACGGGAUCUACGACGGUGUGGUUGAGAUACUCAGGAAUCCGAUCUCAUAUCCUCGUGCGCUCAAGGUAGGGAUUAAAGCCUUGUUCGCGCUAUGUUUGGUGAAACAGACGCGCCACCGUGCUGUAGCCGCCGGUGCGCCAGCGGUACUUGUUGAUCGGCUCGCUGAUUUCGAGAAGUGUGAUGCAGAGAGAGCGUUGGCGACGGUGGAGUUAUUGUGCCGAGUUCCGGCAGGUUGCGCGGCGUUCGCCGGUCAUGCGCUAACGGUACCAAUGCUUGUGAAGAUAAUACUGAAGAUAUCGGAUCGUGCGACGGAGUAUGCUGCCGGAGCGCUUAUGGCGCUGUGUUCUGAAUCGGAACGGUGUCAGCGUGAGGCAGUUACGGCGGGAGUGCUGACUCAGCUUUUGCUUCUGGUACAGAGUGAUUGCACAGAGAGAGCGAAGAGGAAGGCGCAACUGUUGCUAAAGCUUCUUCGGGAUUCGUGGCCUCAAGAUUCCGUCGGAAAUUCUGACGAUUUUGCAUGCAGCCAUUUUGACUAAUUUCAUUUUUAUUUUUUAAUUAUUGUAAUCUCUCAAAAUUUGUAUUAGUUGAAAAAUUAUUUAGAUUUGAAUACAAAAAUAGAGAGAAAAAAAAAAUGAACAUAGAUUGUGAAGUUUAGUUGUUGCUUAAUUAGAAUCUCUUUUUAUUUAGACUGGUAAAUAGAACUGAAAUUCUGUAUUUGAUUAUUUUUUUCUCUUUGUAUGUAAGAAUUAUUACUCCUAUUAUUAUUAUUAUUGAUUUAAUUAUUGUUAAGAACAGAACAAAAUGUUUGAUUA